AUGUCUCGCUCACGAUUUACGACCACUGACGAUAUAUCCUCUCUGAGCGACGCACAGCUGAGAGAGUUUAUGGAGAAACACCGCCGAUCGGAUGGCGUAUUUGAGCUUGACGUGGCCAAUGACUGGAAUAAAUUGUCAGAAGGGGACCGAAAUCGCCUUGCUGAGAGACUACAAUGCAUAUCGGCAGCCUCGCGAUCGCUUGACCUUGACAACCUCGAUGCGCUUUUGCGUGGUGUCUGCAUCAAAGAUAAUUCCGUAUCAGGAGACCGACCGCAGGAAAGCAAAAGGCGGACCGAAUCGCCAGACGAAACCGAUCAGGAGAUAUAUCAGCGAGAAGAGAUAGAAGCGUACAAUAAUCUUGUUCAUGACGGCGGUCGUGCACUGUACCGAAUUGACCUUAUAGACUCGGUUUCAAAGGACCCCGAUGUGUAUCGCGACAUGUUGGCCCCUUUCUGGAGACAACCUCGAUAUGAUAAACCAUCAGAGCUGGACCAUUCCGACGCACGAGCAGUAUUUCGAAGACAAUGGCAUAGAUGGCAAAAUUUCCGAAAAUGGCAGCUUGAUAAUAGAAAGAUUGAAGAUGAUGAUGAUGGUUUCCUGGCAUUUGUGGAGAAGGCGAAACGAGAUUGCCAAGAGGUAGGGGAUUUAAAAGGAGUAGCUGAGAUUGAGGCCGAUCCGACAAUCUUAAAGCAGCGCGGUGAACCAUGGUAUUAUAUUCAAAGACACCGUAACUGGCAGCGACGGUACCAGCGGGAGCUGGGAUGCGAGACCAUAUCAGAUUACGAAAAAGCGGUGAAAGCGCGUUUAGCCCGACAUGGCUUCAACCUACCGUUUCAUUUAAUAGAAGACCCUAAGCAGCAGGAUAAAUUAACGGAGUGGAUCGAAUAUCUUGGCUUUGAGUACUGGUGGCUUGACCGUUAUACCGUAUCUAUGGAGCGCCUAAAGCCAAAACACGACGAAGCUUGGGAUGAAUUAAAAAAAUUAAGAAUGGUGAGGGAUGACGAGACUCCGGAAUUUAUUCGCACUGAUGCAUCGGGUACGAGGUGUCAAAGGGAAGAAGACCACGCGCAGAAAACUCUGCAAGAUGCAGAAUCGGAAGCAAAAAUGGUUUACCAGAAAACGCAAAAGGAUCCUAAUCGCCUUAACAUUUCAGAGCAAUUACGUGUAGAAAUGUUACGUAAGGCUAGGAAACGACUACUGGCAGCCCGAGAAUCGCUUGAAUUUACUGAGCGGCGGAGCGACAGUCUUAUUGACUUUGUUCGUAGCACCUUUGGCUACGCUAAUGCGAAGGAAGACGUAGCCAACCAGGCCAAUCUUGUGAAUUGGGUUAUGGAGGAGGUACACGCAAUUGAGGCCGAACAGAAAUCUCUAACUCUGCAGAGCAGCUCCCAGAAGAAGAGAAAAGCAUCCGUGGAAGAUGUCUGCUCAGGGCAGUUGGACCCCAAGAGACAGAAAUGCAGCUCUCGAAAGCAUAGCUGGCAACCGAGCAAAGAUAAGAUCGGCACGGGAGACGGAAGAGUUUUACGGAGGCGAAACCGACCAUCAACAGACAUAAAUCGACAAUUCAAUCAGCAUCAAAGCCGCAACAUACACGAUACAUAUCCCAGCCAAACAAAGCUUGUUAGACCAGCGGUGGAGCAGGUGCCGUUUGACAAAGCAGAGCCCGAAUCCCUAUAG